AGGAGACAGAAAAAGAAGGAGGGAUGGCGGUGGAGGAGAAGCCGGGUGUGAAGAGCAGCAGCUCCAUCGUCCCCUGCUUCCUGUUUGUGGAGCUGGUGAUCAUGGCUGGGACGGUGCUGCUGGCUUACUACUUCGAGUACACGGACACCUUCCCUGUGCACAUGCAGGGCUUCUUCUGCUACGACAAGACCUUCUCCAAGCCGUACCCCGGUCCGGACGGCGGCAGCAAGAUCCCCCCCGUGCUCAUCUACUCGGUGGUCACCGCCAUCCCCACGCUCACGAUUCUUGUUGGCGAGCUGUGUGCCUUCUUCUUCAAGGCCGAGGGAACCCAGGAGAAGACCAUCGUCACGGCGGACUGCUGCUACUUCAACCCCCUGCUGAGACGCAUCGUCCGCUUCCUAGGUUAUCUCAGAAAAGAUCCGAUCAAGGCUCCGAACGCCUCUGACCUCGGGGCAGAGCCGCUGACAUUUCCUGUUCCGGCCGCGACGCCGCCCAGGAGCCCGUGUUUCCCCCUCUCCUCUGCCGGGGACGCUCGCAGGGAGGCUGCGGGGCUGGAGCCGCGUAGCCGAGCGCUGCUAGCUAGCGUCAACCAGUGGGACCGUGGAGCGACCGGAGGCUGA